AUGUCGGCGAGAAUCCCAGCCAUCGCUGCCAAUCGCGUCAGCGACGCUGCUAAGAAGCAACUUGACCUUGUCGCCAAGUUCGUCGAUGAAGAAUGUAUCCCAGCCGACCCUGUUGUAGAAGCCCUUGCUGGCGAGGGUGAUGCCCGCUGGGAAGGCCACCCUUCAAUCAUUGAGGAUCUCAAGGACAAGGCUCGCAAGCUCGGCCUAUGGAACAUGUUCCUCCCUAAGGGCCACUACAAGGAGUCCCCUGGCUGGUCCAACCUCGAGUACGGCCUCAUGGCGGAGUGGCUUGGUCGCUCACAUGUUGCCUCUGAGGCAUGCAACUGCUCAGCUCCCGACACAGGCAACAUGGAGGUGUUGGCCAAGUACGGCAACGAUGCGCAGAAGCAAGAGUGGUUGAGGCCGCUCAUGGACGGCAAGAUUCGCUCGGCGUUUCUCAUGACUGAGCCCCAGGUUGCUUCAUCUGAUGCUACAAACAUUGAGUUGGACAUUCGUCGCGAGGGUAACGAGUAUGUCCUCAAUGGCCAGAAGUGGUGGUCCAGCGGCGCUGGUGACCCCCGGUGCAAGAUCUAUAUCGUCAUGGGCAAGACGGAUCCCGAUAACAAGGACCCUUACCGCCAACAGUCGGUCAUUCUUGUCCCUGCCGAGACACCCGGUAUCACUAUCAACCGCAUGCUUAAGGUCUACGGAUUCGACGAUGCGCCUCACGGACACGGUCACCUUACAUUCAAGAAUGUGAGAGUGCCUGCUUCCAACCUUGUCCUUGGCGAGGGACGAGGAUUUGAGAUCAUUCAAGGCCGACUUGGCCCUGGCCGUAUUCACCAUGCUAUGCGCAGUAUUGGCGCUGCCGAGCGUGCUCUUGACUGGAUGCUCCUCCGCGUCAACGACGAGUCCAAGAAGCCAUUUGGCAAACUUCUCCGCGAACAUGGUGUCAUCCUUGAAUGGAUCGCCAAGUCCCGUAUCGAGAUCGACGCCGCACGUCUCAUCGUUCUCAACGCUGCCAUCAAGAUGGACGAACAAGGUCCUAAGAAGGCCCUCAAGGAGAUCGCAGAGGCAAAGGUUCUCAUCCCCCAGACCGCCCUCACCGUCAUCGACCGCGCAGUCCAGGCAUACGGCGGCGCAGGUGUCUCUCAGGACACGCCGCUGGCUUACAUGUGGGCGGGCAUCAGGACGCUGCGGCUGGCCGAUGGACCGGAUGAGGUGCAUCUGCAGCAGAUGGGACGUAACGAGAACAAGCGCAGUGCUGAGGCGACAGCGACUAUCAAGAUGCAAAGGGCUAAGACUGAGGAGCUGUUGAAGGCGUACGGAGUUGAGAGACUCCAGCCAGGUGCCAGGAUACAGCACAAGGCGAAGCUGUAG